AUGUCGUCAGUCUCAGCCUCGCUAAGCUUUACCGCAGACUCGAUUGGUCGGCGCGGCCUCCUGGAGCGGCGCCUUCCUUACCAGUGCAAACAGCAGCUCCCAUCCUUCAAAACCCCUCUCGAUCACUCGAACCUCUCCAACCUCAUCACCGUCCAGAACAAACAGCCACCAUUAUCAUUCGUGGUACUCCAUCCCGUCCGCCGAUGCCUCGGCACCGGGAAGCCCCCCUUGCCGAUGCCCGCAAGUGCGGGAGGGAAAGCUUUCCGGGGACUUUUCCGGGGCAUGUUGGCCCGAUGGCUGGGCCGCCUCUUUUCCGGGAGCGAGCCUUGUGGGGCUGUGGAAAGCCUUCGUAACGACAAGACGGACAAGGAGCUCCAUGCCGCCUUGAUCGAUGGCUUGCGCUCAAGGUCAAGCGCAACGGAGAUAUGCCGAUCGCCUUUGUACAGUUCCAUGCGGCGAGCAACGCCAACAAGGCCAUGGAACGUGCCACUACUGUUGCAAUCGCCACGAGAUCGCAUUCGCUCAUGCCAACACGGCGGAGCUAGGAGUUGGGCCCCGCUGACACUCCGUUUCGCUCUGUCCUAG